UGUUGGCAGUUGCGAGACAUUGGAGGGCAGUCAAAGAAGAUAGAGCAAGAAUACAUGAUGUUGUGGACGGCGUGGGCAAGCAGGUUGUGAGUCUUGCUGUUUAAGACAUGUGCAGAGGCUGGAAAGUGUGUAUGCGAGCUUAUAGCGUCGUUUCAUAUCAAUGUUCUAGAAGCAGGGAGAGAAGGCAUUGGAAUUAAUUGUCAAUGCCACAGAGAACUUGGGUUUCGUUCCAAUGCCUAGGUGCUCGCAUUAGCACCGCGGAAUGUGGGGAGUAAAGAGACACUAGAUGGCAGGAGGGAGGUCAGCAUUCCAACUCCAACUCCCAGCCACGAUAUUUGCAACCUCGGCGCACUCGCACAUGUCACCGACAGCUUUCGAAUGGACCGCCAGCCAUUUAUAAAUUGUAUGCCCAUGAUCGGGCGAGGUGAGGUGAGAGGUUAGCGGAUUUACCAAAGCACAGCCAACAAGUCUCUUCACCACCAUGAACCUGACGCAUUUUCUCCCUUGGAGCCUCUUGCUUCUCGUUCACUCAGUCCUCUCAGCCCCUUCACGCACUUGCCAUGAGAGAAGCAUCCAUCAUCAAGACAUGUGCGAGGAUAAUGCCCUCCUGCAACUGCUCGAGCCAGUCGACAAACCCGACACAAACCGGAAGCUGGCCGAGUUCUUUUGCUCGUCUUACUUUGCAGGUUCAGCAGUUGUGCGACCCGUUCAGAUUCCCCAAGCCACAUCUCGAGUCACUACAGUGACUCCCCCACCAGCAGUCUCACCAAACCCGAUAGUUGAACCUCCGAAGGUGCGCCUUGGAGGCCACAAUAUAUACGAGGGAGAUAACGAGGACAGCGACGACAGCAAACCGGAUAUGACCACAAUAACAGUCACCACAACCGUCACCGGAACGAUUACUAGGACCAUGAUUCCGACCACGACGGUAACCAAUACCCUAGCGAAGUUCAUGAAUGACAACGAUGGGACACCGGCAGCGAUGACAGCCAGAGCCAGCGGAGCUCUUCCCCGGCUGGGUCGACGACGAAGGGUGGUAGCAAGAGCGCCGCCCGUGAUGGAACACUGUCCUCAAGCAUGGCGGGGCCGACCGGAAGAUCAAAUACGGAGGGCAUGUGCAUGUCUCGUUGGGCAAGGAAAGGGAACAAUUGUACUUCCGAGGGCGGAGGGGUCCACGGUGGUCAUGACGGCGCCGGCUCCGUCUCCCGAUGUUUCGUCAUUUAUCGGAUGAGUUGACUUCAGGUAAGUGGUCCGAUCAAGGUAAUUCGUUUUGUGAUAGUGAGAUCAUUACUGACUCCUCCGUUCAUCUUGGCCAGAUUUGCAGAUGGGCGUUUUGAGUAGCUUUCGGCU